UUACACAGACAAGCCUCACUUUUAAACAAGUACAGCAAAUGAAUACCAUACAGCAAUUCCAAGCCGACCAAGCGAUGGAUUGCAGCAAAGCGCAAAGCAUGCAGACCAUGAAUGGAUCGCCUCUCACAGGGUACCACAACGCUGUGCCACUGAAACCCUCUGCUCCCAACAACAAGCCAUAAAGCAUGGAAACGUGUGUGCACCAGCUGGUCGAUAUGUUGAUAAAAGUGCCUCCAGAAACAUUGCCUACACCCACACUGCAGUAGGUGGCUCUCUCGCAGGUUUUGUGAGAUCCUCCUAAACCAGAACACACAUCUCUCGUCAUCCUAACAGAUCAGAACUAUAAAUGAAAACCACAACCAUGCUCGAAAUCCAACAAACCUCACAGGAAUGAUACAUCUGCACAACAAGCUAAAGGUAGCCACAGCCACUGUAAGAGAUUCACUCAAGGCCAGUGGCUGAAACUUUUUGGAGGAAGAAUUUUGCAAGCAACAGGCUUUUUGUGCCGUAACUUGGCAGAUGUUCCUGGAUCUCUGACAGGAAGGGCGGGGAGAGGGCAGUUCCCCAGCCCUGCUGCUGGAAAGGCACCACAUCUCCUCAGAGGCACAGCGGACUGCUCUGCACAGCACCCACCGACAGCACACAAGAAGCCGUUCACAAACAGGCACAGGUACACUUCGCUUUGGUUCAAAAAUUCAUCCAGCUGCCACAGAAUGUUUAACAGAGUCACCCAAUCCAUAGUAAAAGAAAUGGAUCCAAAAGGAGACAGAGACCUGGUCCCGGUUCGCAGCAUCUUCAAACAUGAACAUUUCAAACUCCUCUGUCUGGUGACAAGAAAAAAAAAAACUCUGUUCCACCCAUUUCACUGCUACAGACGGACAUGGUACAAACUCGACGACAUGCUGCUGCCUGGAAAAUACAGUAACAGCACAGAGUCUCUCUUUCCCAGCGGAGGCAGUCAAGAUGCAAAAACAUUCACAAUCAAACAAAACACCUGUGACAGAGUUGAUGGGAGCCUAAACCUCUCUGUUGCCACUACGAGCCUAGAGCUGAAUGGAGUUGCCUCCUUGUCCAAAGAGUGGUCCAUCAAGCUGGAGAAGAAGCACAUAGAGGUAUCAAAACUUGAGCCACUGAGAACAGAAAGAAGAAUUAAUAUGAAUCACUCCUUCAUUCAACAACUACGGAAAAAACAACACAAAUUAUACGUGGUUUGUGAAACACUAGAAACCUCCGAGGAGACCAGCUACGAGGAAUCCUCCAAGGGAGAGGGGAGCUUAAUGGCCCAGCUGUACACCAAGUUUUGUGCAAAGGGCACCAGAGACAGUGAACAAAGCAUAACUAUACCCAAGGGCUGCACUGUGGCCUUCAGUGCAAUCCAGCUUGACAUCACAGACGGAUCUUGGGGUCUUGCCUAUUUCCCAGAUGAAAGUACAUCAACAUUCACAUCUGAUGCUCCCUCAGAAGGGAAUUUAGGAGCACUGGAGGAAGAAGUUAAAUGGAACUGUCAAAUUCUCUCCAUGUUGUCUUCUGAUCUGGCCGUCAUAGUUUUAAAAGCCAUCAAAGCUGCAAUGAGAGACAGGAAGCUCUUUCAAGAACUGACCCAGAGGAUGCAAGCCCUUCUUGAUGAAACUGCUAGUUGUGAGCUGGAAACACAAAGCCCAGACCUGAAAGACCUGCUGAGCAGCUUGCAGCGUUGUCCAAGAGACCCUCUCCUUGAGCUCUCAGAAGCAAUCACCUACGCUCUUGACGCGUUAGAUGAGCUAACGAUGGAUCAGCUGCUGCUUUUGCUGGAGUCUUUGGAAGAGAAGAUUGUGUCCCAACAGCUUCAGCUGGUCAAGAGCAUCUUGGAACACAACUUGGACAAUAAGGAGGGGCGUUUCAGCGUGGAUGCCAGCUUGCUCUCCUUCUCACAAGAAAGGAAGGAAAAAUUAACCAUUGUAAUGGUUGAGAUGAGCGGCGUGAAGCUCCAGAAAGAUGGAUCCGCUGUCUAUGCGGAAGCGGCCUUCUCGGCCAUGGCAGCCCUGUACGUGUCUCUGUACGUCCUCAAUCUUCUGAGCAACUCAGAUUAGGUGCCUGGGGUCCUCUCAUUAGGGAUGAUUUAAAGGGAAUCACCUAACAAGGUAUCCGAAAGCCUCUCACAGCAAGCCAGUUUCUUCCUCCAAACUCUACCCCUGCACAGGUGAGGCAUUCCUCAUUAGUGCUUUCUGCCGGUUGGACACGGCUCGGUGUCAUGCUUUUGCCUGGGAUAGGGUUAAUUUUCUUCACCCGAGCUGGUACAGCGCCGCGUUUUGGAUUUAGUGGGAGAAUAAUGUUAAUAACACGCUGAUGUUUUACUUGUUGCUCAGUAGUGCUUAUACCAUGUUAUAUGCAACCAAUAAAGCACAAAGGACUAAAUCAGCAAUAAUUCA